AUGGCGAACCUGGCAGCUGUGAUGUGGUGCCGGCUUCUGCAGAAGAGGUGGAUGCUCACCUUGGUCUUCUGGCUCUCGCUUAUCUACUUCCUCACCAGCGCCUUCAAGCAGAAGGAGAGGGCACAACUUCUCUUGGAGCAUUUCCCCAGCUGGGCAGCUGUGGUGUUCUACAACCUCUUCAUGGUGGUGGAAGUUCACUUGAGUUGUUUGGCUAAAUGCAAGACCUGGUUCCAGAGCAUGCAGCAUGAAAAUACCGAUAGGAACCCCAUAGCAAAGUAUUGCUAGGGCAAGAGCCCUCUUGAGCUCUUCCCUGCAAG